AGCCCUGGGAUAAACCGGAUGAGCCACCUGGAGCUGGAGCUUCCCCUGGACAAGGGCCUCAGAUCAGCUGCUUCCCUCCCAGCAACUUCACCAUCAAGCAAGCCAGCUAUGUAGACACGUACUGCUGGGACUCUCUCAUGCACCACGAGUUCGACAGCGAGGGGAACUUCGAGGAGCGCUCCCUCUGGGUUCACAAAAUGUUCCCUUACUCUCUUCUGGCCAUGGCAGUGCUGAUGUACCUGCCAGCUCUGAUUUGGCGCCAGCUCGUCAUGCCCACACUGGGCUCAGACCUGCUCUUCGUAAUUGAUGAACUAGACAAGUCAUACAACCGCUCGAUCCGACUGGCCCAGAACAUUUUAGACAUGCGGCAGAACACCCAGAACCCGCUCACGUUCCAGGCUGAGCUGCAGAGGUAAGAGGCCCGUGACAGUUGGGCUUGCGGCAUGAAUAUUAAUCUGCUCGUUUCUGCGAAUCGCUCCCCAAUUAAAUGCUACAUA